GGAGUUGCUGGCUCAGGGCUGGACCAUCUGCGCAGCUCUCCAAGCAGGCAUUGCCAGCAUGGUGCCUUCUCCUGCUGACACUCCUGCCCCAGCUCCUGCCACUCUUGCUUCUCCUCCUCCCCUCCCCCAUGGUUGCUGAGGGCACCGCACAUGAAGCAAUGAGACCAACCCAGGAUUUUAAACUCUCCCAGGUACAAGAAAUUAACUCCAGAGUCAAAAUCCCAGUGACUUGCUUCCAGUUCCAAGGUGCAAAGGUACAGUUAAGAGAUGUGGCCUUGAAGGGAGCCCGCUAUACACAAGCAGAGUAAUGCCAACAGAUAAGGACGCAACUGAGGAGGGACAAGAAGGAAAUAAAGGAGUUUCUUUCUCUCCGGGAGUUCCUGCGUGUGAAGAAUAAAUCAUCAUGCAGCUGUAGAGUGAAGCCGUCUUUCCAGAAAGAAGUUAUUUAAAUAAGCAGCUGAACUGUACACCACAUGCAUGGAUUAGGAAAAGAUUUUCUGUUCUCAGUCUGCAUAGCAAGAAUGUACCGAAAACACAGUAGAAAGCAGCAAUGAAAUAAAGGAUUGUUACCCAGUGAAUUAUCUUCUCAUCUUUACACAAUCCAGCUUAAGCAGUACCUGCACAUUUGUCAGCCUCUUCUAUUCACAAGUUGAGAUUCUCCUUUGCUAACCUGGAGUAAUGCAACAUAGUAUUUGUACACUACAUAGCCUUUAAGGUAUUAACAUGACAACCAGCAGCCGCACAUGUCCAGUACCAACCGUGAAUGGACAUAUGAAUCACUAUCCAACAGCCCCAUAUCCAUUACUUUUUCCUCCGGUCAUCGGUGGACUUUCACUUCCUUCUCUUCAUGGACUCCAGAGUAACCCACCAACAAGUGGAUGCAGCACCCCAUCACCUGCAACCAUUGAAACUCAGAGUACCAGUUCUGAAGAACUUGUCCCAAGUCCACCUUCCCCUCUUCCUCCUCCUCGUGUUUACAAGCCCUGUUUUGUCUGUCAGGACAAGUCAUCUGGAUAUCAUUAUGGUGUCAGUGCUUGUGAGGGAUGUAAGGGGUUUUUCCGCAGAAGUAUUCAGAAGAACAUGGUUUACACAUGUCACAGAGAUAAAAACUGUGUUAUUAAUAAAGUCACUAGAAAUCGCUGCCAGUACUGCAGACUACAGAAGUGCUUUGAAGUGGGAAUGUCCAAAGAAUCUGUCAGAAAUGACAGGAACAAAAAGAAGAAGGAGCCUUCAAAGCAAGAGUUUACGGAAAACUAUGAAAUGACAGCAGAGUUGGAUGAUCUCACUGAGAAAAUUCGAAAAGCUCACCAGGAAACCUUUCCCUCUCUCUGCCAGCUGGGAAAAUACACUACCAACUCUAGCGCAGACCAUCGGGUUCGACUGGACCUUGGGCUUUGGGACAAAUUCAGUGAACUUGCUACAAAGUGCAUUAUUAAAAUAGUGGAAUUUGCAAAACGAUUGCCUGGCUUUACAAGUUUGACUAUUGCAGACCAAAUCACUCUGCUUAAAGCAGCCUGCCUGGACAUCUUGAUCCUUAGGAUUUGCACAAGAUACACACCAGAGCAAGACACUAUGACAUUUUCAGAUGGCCUUACCCUAAACCGAACUCAGAUGCACAAUGCUGGAUUUGGUCCGCUAACUGACCUUGUGUUCACAUUUGCCAACCAACUCCUGCCUUUGGAAAUGGAUGACACAGAAACAGGCCUACUUAGUGCCAUCUGCUUAAUUUGUGGAGACCGCCAGGACCUUGAAGAACCAGCAAAAGUGGAUAAGCUACAGGAGCCAUUGCUAGAAGCACUGAAAAUUUAUAUCAGAAAGAGACGACCCAACAAGCCUCACAUGUUUCCAAAGAUCUUAAUGAAAAUCACAGAUCUUCGCAGUAUCAGUGCAAAAGGGGCAGAACGUGUUAUUACAUUGAAAAUGGAAAUUCCUGGAUCAAUGCCUCCUCUUAUUCAGGAAAUGUUGGAGAACUCUGAGGGACAUGAACCACUGACACCAAGCUCAAGUGGAAAUACUGCAGAACACAGUCCUAGCAUCUCACCCAGCUCAGUGGAUAAUAGCAGUGUCAGUCAAUCUCCACUGGUGCAAUAAGACAUUUUACAUAGACAUUCCUAAUACUUUAUGUAGAGGGAUGAAAAAAAUUAAGAAAAACAUUUUUACUGCUGCUUAGUUUCUGGACUUAAUAUAUAUUAUAUUAAAACUCAACAAGGACCAAGAAGUUUUCAUAUGUAUCAGUAUAUUACUCCUUGCUGUUCUUAAAACUAGAAAAUGCAAAUGUUUGAAACUCUAGAUCAACCAUUUCAAGAAACUAGCAAUCAGCAACAAGGAACUAGUUGAGCUUCUGAACCACCAAGGCUGUAUGGUGACAAGACCAAUCUCAAACUUUAAAUUCUAGUUACAUUUCUGAUGACUUUGUACAUACAAAUGUAUGGUUCUACUUUCUAUACUGGAUGUUGGGUGCUUUUUUUUUGUCUUGCAUACCUAAAAUGAUCAGGACAUCAAGUUUAUACAAAAUGAAUUGCUUGUACAUGUCCAGAUAUGAACAUUUCAAAAGACAUUCUGAUUGAGUUUAGUAUGAAAACAUGUCAUUGCUCUUUUUGAUGCCCUCAACUUGCAUCUCUUAUUCCAUCUCCUUCCCCAUAAAAGUAUUCAAAAAAUCUGCACUAGAAGGGAUUUCUAUAUCAGUGUAACUACCAGAUUAGUUGUUCAGAUGUCAUUUGUUCCACUGUUAAUGUCACUUUAAAAUUUAAAAAGUGGUUUAUUACCUGGCUGAUGACAUAUCUAUACCUUUUUAAAAAAAGUUAAUUCUUUUUCAGUAAUGAUAGCCUCCAAGGCAGAAACACUUUUCAGUGUUACUAUGUUUUUGUUUACUCGUUCACAAGCCAUUAGGGAAACUUCAUGGGAUAACCAACAGGCUUAUUCACUACUCUUGAACAGUGAAUCUAGUUCAGUUUCUUAAGAAACUGGGGCCAGGUGUUGGGCUUUCCCAACAAGCCUGAUGCCAAGAGGCUACCACUAGGACUUCCAAAAUACAUGGGGCAGAGAAUCUGGCUUCUUGACCUUGUUAAAUCACUAUGAAUCAGAAUGAAAACCGUGGUAGAAUGGUUAACUCAUUUUAAAAAGUGUCAGUUUCUUAGGUUUCAUUUAAAAGCACUAGUGGAUUUUUUUAUAUAUAUAUAUAUUCUAGCAAGUCUGUGAUGUACUUUCACUGGCUCUGUUUGUACAUUGAGAUUGUUAAACAAUGCUUUCUAUGUUCAUAUACUGUUUACCUUUUUCCAUGGAGUCUCCUGGCAAAGAAUAAAAUAUAUUUAUUUUAAAUCUGUGUAGAAGCAGUUUGUGUAGUCCACAUCUUCACACAAGACUUGACAGUUUUCCAUUUUUAAUGUUUAAACUUCAUUUCAAAAAGCAGGUCUGCAGUUUGCAACCAUGACAAUUAAAAUGUGUGCUUUAGCACAGCUGCCUAAAACAUUUCUACGAGCCAGUCAGACAAAUACAUGACAUUUCAAUGAGUAAAAAAGAUCAUAAAACUGUAGGUGUAAGAACAAAAUGUUAAAAUGCCUACACACAAUAAAAACCAUCAAUUACAUCAAUCAUCACAUAAAAUAAGUCAAAUGUACAAAAGUUUGCGACAGAAGGGACAAAAGGACAACACAAAAUAUUUGUUGGAAAAUGUUUUUGUGCUCUUUGGGCACUUAAUU